CCCCUUGCAAUAUUUUAUUUAUAACAGUUUUGUAAAUACCUCCUUUAUGCUUGUAAUCAAAUACUUGUAACUUUAUGUGACAUGUAACGCGAAAUUAUGAAUAACCGAGCUUAUUACACAUGUAAAAUGAAUGAAGAAACGUACAAAGAAAUAAAUUUAAAUAAGGAAAUGUUUUAGAAAUCAAUGCGAUCGAUAAGAUACGCACGAAAAAGCAAAAUGAAACGACGAAGUCGGAGUACUGCUUUGUAAAUAUAAUAACAGAUGUGUGCGAAUGUUGCAGGUGUUAUCAAAGGACUGAAAUAUUCACAGAAUGGAACUGAAAUGUAAAAUACAAACUUACGACUGGGGAAAGUAUGGUAUUGAUAGUAUGGUUGCGACAUUAACAAAAUCUGCUAAUUGUGACUUUAUACUGGAUGAGAAGAAACCAUAUGCUGAGUUAUGGAUGGGCACACAUCCCAAUGGGCCUUCAUACAUGAAAGAACUGAAUAUGCCUUUGGAGAAAUACAUAAAAGAAAAUAGCGAAGUAUUAGGCAGCGAUGUUCAAAAAAUAUUUGGACAAAAUUUGCCAUUUUUGUUUAAGGUGUUAUCUGUGAAUAAAGCAUUAUCAAUUCAGGCACAUCCAAACAAGGAGAAGGCGAAAGAAUUGCAUCAGCAGUACCCUACUAUUUACAAAGACGCAAAUCAUAAGCCUGAGCUUGCAAUAGCAUUAACACCUUUCGAGGCUCUCUGUGGCUUCCGUCCAAUUAGAGAGAUAAAAGAGUUUUUAAAAGUUCUUCCAGAGUUACGUGCCGUAAUAGGAGCAGACAAAGUAUUUAAAUUUAUGACAACCGACGAAACGGGCAUUAUUAAAUCCUUGAAAACGUGUUUCCAUAGUCUCAUGUCUUGUGAUCCUGGUUUAAUAGCGCUACAACUUAGAAAAUUACUUGAUAGAUUGUCUAACUUGGACGAAUCAUUGAGGCAAACUUUACAUGCUAGUGUGUUAGAAAGACUGUACUCGGAUUAUCCGGGAGAUGUAGGAUGUUUUGGUAUUUACUUUUUUAAUUUUAUAACAAUGCAGCCUGGUGAAGCUAUAUACCUUGGAUCAAAUGAACCGCACGCAUAUCUUUCUGGUGAUUGUAUAGAAUGUAUGGCGUGCUCUGAUAAUGUAGUACGCGCGGGAUUGACUCCAAAGCUGAAAGAUGUGUCAACAUUGAUCGAAAUGUUAAUGUAUAAUUGCGAACCAAUUUCGGCAAAAAAAUUUCAACCUUCCCGCGAAGAUGAAUGCACAGAAGUAUUUCGUCCUCCUGUAACAGAUUUUGCAGUUGCUAAAAUUACAAUACCCCCUGGACGAUCCUCGUAUAAUAUAAUUCCUAGAAGUACGGCUAGUAUUUUGAUUAUUAUAAACGGGAAAGGUGAGAUUUCAUCGUCGAAAAUUCUUUAUCGAGGCUCCGUCAUAUUUAUUCCGGCAAAUGAAAAAAUUGGAAUCAAAGUUUUAUGCGGAUGUCAUCCAAUGUUGAUGUUCCAAGCCUUUGUAAAUGUUUAAGGGUAAUUUUUCGAUGCUCGAAAGAAAAUGUGACAAACGGUAACAUCAAAAUUAUACGCACAAAGUAUUAC